AUGAAAGGAAGGAAGGACAGAGCAGAGGAAGGGUGGAAUGCAGGAAGCUCGCCGAAGCCGCACGGCGAAGCGCCCCGCACGGACACAGCCGAACCGGGACGAGCCGCCGCAGCCCGACCGCACGAGAGCCCGAGCGCCACGCAACGCACCGGCGAGGCGGACGGAGAAAACGAGGCAGCCAUGCGGAGGAAAUCGAGGAUAUUGUUAUGCUUUGCGGUGCUGUGGGUGCUGGGGAUAGCCUACUACUUCUACUCGGGGACAGUGUUGAGUCGAAAGGACGAUUGGGGCUCCAGUGACUCGUCCGUCAGGAGCAAAGCUCACAUGUCCGACGACAAGACUCACGGCUUGGAGACUCUGCCGCCAGGUAAGGUGCGCUGGCAGGACUUUGACCAGGAUCUAUAUGUCGGAGCCACAGUGGUCCGACCGGGUCAGGAUCCGUACGCCAGGAACAAGUUCAACCAGGUGGAGAGCGACAAACUCCGUAUGGACAGAGCGGUGCCCGAUACGAGACAUGACCAUUGCAGACAUAAACAAUGGAAGUCCGAACUGCCGGCCUCCAGCAUCGUCAUCACCUUCCACAAUGAAGCUCGCUCUGCUCUGCUGCGGACUGUGGUCAGUGUCCUGAAGAAAAGUCCUUCCCACUUGGUCAAAGAGAUCAUUCUGGUUGACGACUACAGUGAUAAUUCGGAGGACGGAGCGCUGCUGGGGAAGAUUGAGAAAGUGCGCGUGUUGAGAAACGACCGCAGAGAAGGUCUGAUGCGUUCAAGGGUUCGUGGUGCAGAUGCCGCCACGGCACCCACCCUCACCUUCUUGGACUCCCACUGUGAAUGUAACGACCACUGGCUGGAGCCGCUACUGGAGAGAGUGGCUGAGGACAAGACCAGAGUCGUGUCUCCCAUCAUCGACGUCAUCAACAUGGACAACUUCCAGUACGUCGGAGCCUCGGCCGACCUGAAAGGAGGUUUUGACUGGAAUUUGGUGUUUAAGUGGGACUACAUGACUGUGGAUCAGAGACGAGCCAGACAAAGCAACCCCAUCACUCCCAUUAAGACUCCAAUGAUAGCAGGGGGUCUCUUUGUCAUGGAUAAGGAUUACUUUGAUCUGCUGGGGAAGUACGACAUGAUGAUGGACGUAUGGGGAGGAGAAAACCUUGAAAUCUCAUUUCGCGUGUGGCAGUGUGGUGGCAGUCUGGAGAUCAUCCCCUGUAGCAGAGUUGGCCACGUCUUCAGAAAGCAGCAUCCGUACACCUUCCCCGGGGGCAGCGGGACUGUGUUUGCAAGGAACACGAGGAGAGCAGCCGAGGUGUGGAUGGAUGAGUUUAAAAACUUCUACUAUGCUGCCGUCCCCUCGGCGAGAAAUGUCCCGUACGGAAAAACAGGCCACACAGCAAUAAGUCAUCGCUUCCAUGCAGUGCAGCGGGAAUAAGAUAAAAAUGCUCAUGUUGUGACCUUGUGGAACACUCCUGUCAUCUCCCUCCAGUGCCAGCCCAAGCAGUUAUUUUACCAUCAGCCUCUACUAUCUGCCCUCGGAGAGGCUGUAACUUAAUAUCUCUCUCUCUUUCUCGUCUCUC